CAUUUUCAUUUCGAGCCGCCAGCCCCGAUGAGCACGAUGACGGAGGCCAACAUUGGCUUGAUGAACUCGCUCCUCGGCUACGACGUGGUCGUCGUCUGCUGCUCGACGCCCUUCCAGGCCGCGUACUGGCAGAAGCGCCUCAUGGCCACGCGUGGCACCAUCUCGCCGCUCGACAUGAAGGUCAUUACCGUCCACGAAGACUGGGUCGGCGGCGCCGGCAACGGCCUUGGCACGCUCUACGCCUAUCAAAAGGCCGUCGCCGAGGGCAAGGCCUUGUAUGGCCCGGCGUUCGACCUCACCGAAGAGCUCAAGGCGAGCCGCAUCUCGGUCGCGCUCUACCACACGGCGGGCAAGGGCACGCGCCUCGCGCCGCUGCCCGGCUCGGAAAACAACAACAAGCCGGGCGUCAAGCUGCCGGCGAUGCUCAAGAUUGACGACACGUAUGUGCCCAUGACGAUCCUCGAGGCCGUCAUCAAGCAAACGGGUGUGUACGCGGCGUCGCGCCGCGGCCGUCUCUCGGUGUUUUGGGGCGACCAGGUCUUCAUCCCGAGCGCCGCCGUGCACUACACGCCCGUGCACCACAUUGACAUUCUCGCGACGCUUGCGCCGAUGCCGAGCGCGCAAGAGUGGCACGACAAGGGCCUUGAAAAGUAUGGCCUCAUCGCCGUCAACGCCGACAACCAAGCCGCGCAGGUCGACAAGGUGAGCCACGCGACCGCGCUGCGUCUCCUCGCCGACUUUGGCCACCUCAAGAGCGUCGGUACGAGCCUUGGCAGCUUUAGCGUCGACCAUGACAUGCUCGUCAGCCUCCUCGACGAGUUUGCUCAAGAACUCUCGCAGAAGGAAGGCAAGCUCGACACGGACCCGCACUUUUGGAUGCCGUUCACGCUGCCCUUGACGGCGUACGUCGAGGUCAUGACGCAGAAGGGCACGUCGGCCGACUUUUCGCGCCGCCACUACGAGCGCAUGCAGUCGAUGCUGCAGCGCUUUUACAACUCGCGCCGCGAGAAGCUCGGGCUCUUUGGCUGCAUUGACGUCGGCAGCGCGGCUUACUGGUGGGACUAUGGCCAGCUCAAGCUGUACCUCAAGAACAACUGCCUCGUGACGGAAAGCACCACGGAAGCGUCGUGCCUCCGCAGCUUCCUCGGUAUCCAAGACCCGCUGCAGUGGAGCGAGGUCGGGUCGAGUGUCACGACCGACCACGUCGCCGUGCUUGGCUCCAAGGUCUCGACCGGCCGCAUCGUGCGCAGUGUGCUCAGCGGCGUCGCGACGGACGCGGUCGACGUCGAAGACUCGAUCUUGAUCAACGUGACGGCGCGCUCGAUCAAGGCCAAGCGCUGUGUCCUCUACAACGUGACGAGCGAAGACGUCAACGGCCUCGAACUCUCGGACGGCACGGUGCUCGUCGGCGUGCUAUUGCCGAACGGCGACCGCCUCCUCGUCGAGUCGCAUCUGAGUAUUUGCGGCGGCGACGCGUGGAAGACGACAUUGGACAUGAACGUGCACUCGUUUGAGCAGAUUUACGUGCUCAACGAAGAAGCCGACGUGGCCGAGAUCGAAAAGCUGUGCCAAGACGAACACCUUCGCAUUCGCGAGCUUCUGCACCCGACGACGACGACCACCAACGGCAGCACGACGUAUUAGGACCACGUAUGGGUCCGCCUCGCUAGAGGAUCUCGUAUAUAGGCCACUUAUUCGGCAGUAGUAAUUAGAAGUAUACACAUUCCACAACCCU